UGUACAGAUGGUGUACAUCAGUGCAAUGAACAUGCAAUGUGUAAUAACACUGGUUGGAUCAUACUCUUGUCACUGUCAAUCUGGGUACAAGGGAGAUGGCACUAACUGCCAAGUUGAUCUGUGCGGAUCAUCUGCAAACAGCGAGCUAUGCUACCAAAUCGAAGCGGUUAAAACCUACAACAAGCAGCUGGAAGAGAAACUGGAAGCAAGGGAUCUCCAAAUCAAUAAACUACUCUCCGACAUGAAAGUGCUGACAACCAUAUUUGUCCAGCAGAAGACGAAGGUGGAUCAAAUGGAAAUUCAGAACAAGGUUAAACUCCUCUCAAUUAAGGAGGAGAUGACAUCAUUGAACUUAUCUCAGCAAGCACAGGAGAAGAAGACCAAGCAACACUUCAGGGACAUCCAGCAACAUUCUGCUAAGCAGUUUGAAUCAAUCAACACCACUCUGCAGGAGGAAGGGCAAAGGACCAAGCAACACCUCAGGAACAUGCAGCUACAUUCUGCUCAACAGUUUGCUGCAAUCAAUGCCACUUUGACGGAGGAAGGACAGAAGACGAAGCAACAUUUCAAGUCAAUGAAGCAACAUUCUGUUGAGCAGCUUGCAUCGAUCAAUGCUACUCUGCAGGAGGAAAGAAAGAAGUGCGGUAUUGUAUCAUGGAAGACAUUUACAAUGGAGACAUCGGGUAGUGCUAUAAACCCGUUCAGUGGAGUCGUGUUCAACAAGACUAGACCUGACACUGUUAUCAGAGUGGUUUACACAACCUCUAUUGGAUUGCGCCAUGGGGGAAAUACCUGGCAUUGUGUGAAGGUGUCAGUGCGUAUCAAUGGCAGAGACUGUUCAGACCCAGCCCCGAUCAGAAGUGGAAGCUCUACUGAUUCAGCCCGCUAUCAAAUACAUGCUGGUGUUGUGAGUGGUAUAUGUAAUAUUCACACUUCAGGUCCGCUGUCCUUCUCUACACACAUCCAAGCACAAUGCACUACAUCCUACUAUUACCUGGGUUACUACCCUGGUACAGGUACCAUCACAUCCACUCUGCAUAUCGAAGAACUUUGCAAUAACCAACAGAACUAGGUGUUUGCAUCCCCAUGCCCUGACCGCUAUCUUAUCUCUCCCUUUUACCAUCUUUGUAUCAAUCUAGAAGUUUGUACUUGUCUUUGGUAGUCACCCUGGAGCUGGAAACACGGCGUUAGAACACUCAACUUUUUUUAAAGUGUACUGAAGAAGCCACUUUAACGGGCAGAUAUGAGCACACAAGUACAGAAAAGAUCUACUACUUGCACUAGUACAGUAUACUCUUUGUCGUUUCUUUUUAACACUCAACUUGUUUCCUGUUCCUUCUACAGCUUACUCCAUCGCUUGAACAUUCUUUCUAUCCAUCCACUCUAUCCUCCCCCGCCGUUUAGGAGCCGCAUUUGACGCAUGAUCAUGGGGUGGUGGCGUCCCACGGAAGCGGAAAGGUGGUUCUUGACCCGGGAGUUGUACGACUCCUUGUUCUUGACCUGCCCGGUACGUGAACCCGUCGAAUUUUUUUGUAUCCAUCCACUCUAUCCUAUC